CAAUUACUUGUCUCUUCUUAUUGCAUCUUUAAAAAAAACAUUAUUUGGUUGCCUUCGGCGUCGCGAUAGUCUUGCGCCGAACCGAGCUUCUUCCCCACCCUCGGUCCACCACCAUCCCCAGAUUAGCAAUCACUGCGCCUUAGCUGCUUCGUCGGCCUGUCGUUGCCUGCAUAAACUCCGGACCUCCGACUUUCGCUCAUCUGCUUGCUGAGCCGAAUUCCCAAGGUCAUAUAUCGUCAUUUAAGCCUUUUGUUGGCUAAUUGAGCAUCUGACGCACCACACACACUUUCUUUUGGGUUCAGUGCCAUAUACACAUAAGUCAUCUCGUGAACAAUGGGCGGCGGCAAGAUUGACUGCUACUUGGACAUUGUGUCCCUUUUUAGCUAUGUUGCUUUCAAGGAUUUGCUUCCCAACAUCUCCAAGCUUGAGGCCAAUGGAGUCACGGUAGAAUUCCACCCCGUCUUUCUUGGUGGCAUCAACAAUGCCAGUGGUAACAAGCCCCCAUGGGUUCUCCCCGCCAAGGGCAAGUACCUCAACUACGACUCGAAGCGUGCUCUGAACCGUGUUGGCCUCUCUGAUCUUGUCACCCCCGAUCUCAUGAAGGUUGGCAAUACCGUCGUACCGCUCCGUGCCCUCCACUUUGUCAAGGCAAACUACUCCAAGGAGAUCUUCAUUGCGACUCUCGGGUCCAUGUUUGUUGCCUUUUGGGGCGGCGGCGAGUACGCAAACUUGUCCGACGAAGAGUCGCUGCGUCGCUGCCUUCAGUGUGCCACUGACAAGCCUGUUGGCGGCAAGGGCACAAAGCUCUUCACUGAUGCCGACGUCAAGAAGAUUCUCGACGGCCGCGCCGCCAUGAAAACCAAGCUCUCCGAGACCACGGCCAAGGCUCUCGAGCUCGGUGCAUUUGGCGCUCCUUGGUUCUGGGCCACCAAUUCCAAGGGUGAGGGACAGCCUUUUUUCGGUAGUGACCGAUUCAACCACAUUUAUCGCCAUCUUGACAUUGCCUUCCAGGACGUCACUGUGCUUGCACCUUCCAAGCUAUAAAGGUGUCUGGUGCAGGAACAUUUUAGUUGUACCUAUGUUUUUAAAUCUAAAGCGAUGUUUCUACUUGACAAUAUAUUUUUGUAUAUUUUUC